UCUCUCGUUCGCCAAACAGUCGAGAAAAAGUGGAUCGGCUAGACAGGAGACAGCAGACAAAACGACUUUCUCGUUAAGCUCGGAAUUAGGUAACAGCUAUAAUCAACAAAUUCUGAACCCAAAUGUGAAAGUGCUUCAAAAUAAGAUAUUUUUAAAUGAAAUGCAUUUUCUCUUUAAACAGCACAAUCAUGUUGUUCUAAAAUAACACAAAAAAUUUCAAAAUUGCGCAAUUAAAAUUAUACUUUGUUUAUUUAUACAACAAUUUGUUUUGUAGAAUAUAUUUCCUAUCUUGAAGCAACUUUUAACAUUUUGUACGCUGAUAUAAAAACUCCAUCCGGGCAUAGAUUAGACAUCUUACCGAGCGCAUUCGUCCCCUUUCUUUUGAAUGAUAUAGGAUCUCUAUGACAAAAGCAACGUCACGCUGGAAAAUUUAUUGUUCGUUCCUUUUCGUCAGAAUCUUCCAAGAUGAGUAAGGUAUCACGUGAUACACUCUACGAGUGCGUAGAAAACAUCCUUAAAGGUUCAAAAACCAAACAGAGGAAGUUUCUUGAAUCUGUGGAGCUUCAAAUCUCCUUGAAGAACUACGAUCCACAGAAGGACAAGCGUUUCUCUGGAACAGUCAAGUUGCCAAACUUGCCACGAAAUAAGUUCCGCAUCUGUGUGUUGGGAGAUGCUCAACAUUGUGAUGAAGCAAACGCAAACAACAUCGCUUGCAUGAAUGUAGAGUCGUUGAAGAAGCUCAACAAGGAUAAGAAACUCAUCAAAAAGCUCGCAAAGAAAUAUGAUGCUUUCCUUGCUUCUGAAUCGCUCAUUAAACAAAUUCCAAGAUUGCUUGGACCUGGUCUCAACAAAGCAGGAAAGUUUCCCUCCCUUGUGACACACCAGGAAUCUUUGGCAUCGAAGAUCCAUGAUGUGAAAUCCACCAUCAAGUUCCAGAUGAAGAAAGUUCUUUGUUUAGCUGUUGCCAUCGGUAACGUGAACAUGACGGAAGAUGAACUUGUUCAAAACUUGAAUCUCGCCAUUAACUUCUUGGUCUCCCUGCUAAAGAAGAACUGGCAAAACGUUCGUUCCCUGUACGUGAAAAGCACAAUGGGACGUCCACAACGCUUGUACUAAUUGCAAGCAACAAUAAAUUUGCUGAUUACUA